AAAAACAAACUAAAACGAAUCACUGGUGCAUGAUACAUCACUACAAGCUUCGGAUCCUAGCUACUAUUUUGAGGAGUCAUGAAUUAUGCUCGGUUUAUGACAGCUGUUAGUGCAGCCAGAAAGCCCUCUGCCAUCAGGAUACUGACUGAGCUGCAGCAGAGAUCACCUCCGUCCCUGAUCUCUUUAGCUGGUGGAGCACCUAACCCUGACACCUUCCCCUUCGAGUCAGCAUCCAUUAAGAUAAAAGAUGGGGAAACGGUCACCUUUGAUGCAGCUUUGAUGAAGAGGGCUCUGCAGUACUCUGCCUCUAGUGGAAUCCCCGAGCUGCUGACGUGGAUGAAGAACCUGCAGAAGACACUCCACAACCCACCAACCGCCGGCUACAGCCCUGAGAACGGCCAGAUGGACAUGUGUGUGACGACGGGGAGCCAGGAGGGGAUCUGUAAGCUGUUUGAGAUGCUGGUCAACCCUGGAGACAACGUUCUGCUCGACACACCCACAUAUUCAGGCACACUGGCAGCACUCCAGCCUCUUGGUUGCAACAUAAUCAGCGUUCCCAGCGAUCAGCACGGCAUCAUACCUGCAUCCCUGAAGGAGAUUCUGUCUCGGUGGGACCCGUCAGAGGUUCACAAACCCGGCAGCACGGCUCCCAGGAUCCUCUACACCAUCCCCAAUGGAGGCAACCCCACCGGUGCAUCCAUGACGGCUCAGAGGAAGAAGGAAGUGUAUGAGCUGGCCAGGCAGUACGACAUGCUCAUCAUCGAGGACGACCCCUACUAUUUCCUUCAGUUUGACAAGCAGCCCUGGGCUCCCACAUUUCUCUCCAUGGACGUUGACGGGAGGAUUGUCAGGACGGACUCGUUCUCUAAGGUCUUGUCUUCAGGGCUGAGAAUAGGAUUUUUAACCGGUCCCAAGCCGCUGGUGGACCAGGUGGUGCUGCACAUCCAGGCCUCGACAUUGCAUACUAGUACCUUCACACAGGUGAAUAAAACCUUAAUUUUACACCACUGCAUCCUUUACCUUUCACUGUCACUGCAUCAGUAUUUUGCUUUAUUUAAUUUUUUCUUUUUUUAUCCAACAAGAAAUAAUUGGAUGAGGCCUGUUAGGGCUUGUCACACACCCUCACUCUAUUCAAACAUCAAAACACACAUUACUAUACACAUAUACAUCUAAGCACAUGUAAACCAC